AUGGAGGGACGAGUGAGUCAAAGCUUGGCACUUCGAGACAUUGCCACCGAUCCUCAGGGGGUCACUAUCUUUAUACCCACUGUACGGAGGCGGUCGGUCGUAGCUCCGCCCCCGCACUUGGGCUCCGCCUCCCGGCCCCACUUCCGCCGGGCGAGCGUCUGUAGGCCGCGGUUUGCAGAAUCACGGAAGAUGGCGGCCAUGACGGUGAACGGAACGACGGGCGUCUGGAGCUCCGGGUCUGCGGCCGUGCUGCCCACCGCGGCCGGCAUGUACGAGCAAUUCAAGGGCGAGUGGAACCGGAAAAGCCCCAAUCUUAGCAAGUGCGGAGAAGAGCUGGGCCGCCUCAAGCUGGUUCUGCUGGAGCUUAACUUCCUGCCAACCACAGGGACCAAGCUGACCAAACAACAUCUCUUUCUGGCCCGUGACAUAUUGGAGAUCGGGGCCCAGUGCAGCAGCCUUCGCAAGGACAUCCCCUCCUUCGAGCGCUGCGUGGCUCAGCUCAAAUGCUACUACUUUGAUUACAAGGAGCAGCUCCCUGAGUCAACCUACAUGCACCAGCUCUCGGGCCUCAACCUCCUCUUCCUGCUGUCCCAGAACCGGGUGGCUGAGUUUCAUACAGAGUUGGAGCGCCUACCUGCCAAGGAUAUCCAGACCAAUGUCUACAUCAAGCACCCUGUGUCCCUUGAGCAGUACCUGAUGGAGGGCAGCUACAACAGUUUCCUGGCCAAAGGCAACAUCCCUGCUGAGAGCUACACCUUCUUCAUCGACAUUCUGCUGGACACUAUCAGGGACGAGAUGGCAGGGUGUAUUGAGAAAGUCUAUAAGAAAAUCCUUUUCACUGAGGCCACCCGGAUCUUCUUCUUCAACACACCCAAAAAGAUGACAGACUAUGCUAAGAAGCGAGGGUGGGUCCUGGGCCCCAGCAACUACUACAGUUUUGCCAGCCAGCAGCAGAAGCCAGAAGACACCACCAUCCCCUUCACGGAACUGGCCAUCGAGUAUGCCCGGCAGCUGGAGAUGAUUGUCUGAGCCCACUGGCCCUGGGGCAGAGCAGGGUAUGGUUAUUUAAGAGUCACAGUGCAGGUUGUCCUCCAAUAAAGGUGGAUUGACAUUCGUUCUUCCAGACCCUUGUAUCCCCAGUUGGGACGGCAGAGAAACAAUUAUCAUCUUUGGAGAACUUGGAAGUUUGGGGACUUAUGGGGGUUGGAAAUAACACCCUCCAUCUAGUCAGCCUCUGUCCAGUGGCUAUUGCUCCUGGUCUCAAACACAGAUGCCCUGUGGCACAUGGAAGAGCACAGGCCCCAAAUGGACACACUGGAAUAUUGGGCCAGGGCCUCCAAAUCUUUCAGCAAAGGGUGUGAAGUGUCCCAUUUUUAAAAUGUUGGCAGUGGAUUAAAUAAUUUUACAAAU